UCUAGUUUCAGAAACUUAAGCUAUAAUAAAUUUAAUUUGUUUGCAUUCUUUGAAUUUAUAUCAUCCAUUUUAUUUUUUCUAGUUUCAGGAACUUAGCUACAGGAGAUGUCCAGCUCUCUAAAACUAAAAAACAGAAUUUUAAAGGUGUUUCACAAAAUGCAGGAGGAGACUUACUUCAUCAUUACCAAGAACAGUGGUCAGAGCUCCAUAAAAAUGACACUGACAGUGCUUUUAAGGCAGAGGAGGCAGAUAUGUUAAUUGGAAAUCUUCAUUCCUUCUGUACUGAACGUUUGACUGCUAUUAAACAACUAAAUAACCAACUCGUUGCCUUGCCACAAUUGCAAACUGGUAUUUUAGAGCUGAUGGGGAAAAUAGGUGAACUUGAAGGAGUUUUUGAGGAAGUUGAAGAUGCUCUUGUAAAUUUAGAAGAUGUUAUUGAAAUUUCGGAACUUCAAGAAAGACAACUUGAUCAUAGAUUUCAGCUGGCAAUGUACAAAGAAAAGAAAUUGUCAGACUUUGAAGAUAUGAAAGCUAAGUUAGGCGAGGAACAUGCUCAUAAAGUGUUUCAACAUGAAAAGAAACAGAGUGCUGUUUUAAGGGAAAGGCAAAACACAUUCCAAGAAGCUUUUGAGGAAGAAAUUCAACAAUACAAAACACAUGGUAUUAGGGAAUUAAGAAAAAGGGUUUCUAGUCAAAGUAGCGCUAACUCUGUAUCAUUAGAGGAUAUUGAAUUAGAUGAAGAUGCUUCUGCAUUGGAUGAGUUCCUGGGUGAUGAAUUAGAAAAAGAUCCUGAAAUAGAAACAGAACAAAUGAUUGAAAAAAGCUCUGAAUCUGAAAAGGAAUCUGACACAAAAUGUAA